UCACUUUCAAAAUCAAAAUAAAAAGUUUGGUUGUUUUCGAUUGAUUUCUUCGAUCUUCGAUUUUCAAGUGUUUACUAAAGUACUCUGUGUUUCAAAUUGAAAUACUUGGAAUUCUUAUAAAAGUUGAUUCAAAUUUAGUUAAUUACGUACCGACAUAACGUAAUUUGUAAACAAUACCAAGUUAUUGAUCUCGUCAGAGAGUCAAGAGACAGAUUUUUCUAAAGGAAACAAUCAUGCAAGACACAAGGCCGGAACUGUAUGAAGAAGUCAGGCUUUACAGAAAUGCACGGGAGAGAGAAAAGCACGACAACAUGGCAGAGUUGUACGCUGUGGUGAGCACCCUCCAGCACCUGGAGAAGGCCUACAUGAGGGACUGCGUGCGCGCGCAGGAGUACACGGCCGCCUGCAGCCGCCUGCUGGUGCAGUACCGCGUGGCUUUCAAGCAGGUUCAGGGUGACGACUUCCCCACCAUUGAGGCAUUUGUUACCAAGUUCAGGUUGGACUGCCCGGCAGCAUUGGAGAGGAUACGCGAGAACAAGCCAAACCUGAUCAAGGAUGAUAAAGGCAACACCAACAAAUACAUUGCUGAGAUUGUGUCUCUGUUCAUCACUCUGAUGGACAAGCUGCGGCUGGAGUUCCGUGCAAUGGACAUGAUCCAGCCCGAGUUGCGCGACCUGCGCGACACCAUGGACCGCCUCGAAAUGCUGCCCGAGGACUUCGAAGGCAAGCUCAAGGUGCAAGAGUGGCUGGAUAAGUUGUCUGAGAUGUCGGCCUCAGACGAGCUCACUGAAGGCCAGGUGCGGCAGCUGGUGUUUGACCUGGAGUCAGCAUAUGGCGCCUUCAACAAGGUCCUGCACUGAGGGUGAGGCUAUGCUCAAGCAUAUAGGUUAAGAACCACUGUCAAAUCGACUAUAUCGGCAAAUUAUAUUAUUGUUGUUAAUUGUUAAUUAAUACCAAACAGCCGACGAUGGCAAUAAAUGUUAAAAAUUAUUAUUAUAAUACGUACAUUUUGUAAAAUAUAUCAUACCUACUAAUUUAAUAAAA